GUUGAAGGAUUUCGUUUAUCUUUUGAGUUUUUUAUUUGUUUUGUGAAUUCUCAUCGACCCUUUUAGACAUCGGCCUUAAUUUUUCUGGGUUUCCGUUUAAUUUUUGCUUCUAUCUUUAAUUUCUCUGAUGGAAGAUGGUUAUCGGCGACAAGGCUUGGUGGCACAGACACCUCCUCCUGGCUACUUUGUUCGACUAGAAAAUUCUGACGAUUUGUAUUUGAGGAGAAGAUCGAGGAUGCGUCGAUGGCUUUGCUGUUCGUGUCUGGUCGAAGAGAGUUACCAGCCGCAUGAAAAUGAGCACUUGAAGAGCAUCGAUGAUGAUACUGAUGGGAAUCAAAAGAACUCAAAGGCGGCAGCUCCUGCCAAGCACGAAGUGCAAAAAUCAGUAUCACCUAUUGAAGUGCCUACAUUAUCACUGGAAGAAUUGAAAGAAAAGACUGAGAAUUUCGGAUCAAAGGCUUUGAUUGGAGAGGGUUCAUAUGGAAGAGUUUAUUAUGCAAACUUGGACAAUGGAAAAGCUGUGGCUGUGAAAAAGCUUGAUGUUUACUCCGAGACUCACUCAGAUGUUGAGUUUCUGACCCAGGUUUCAAGGGUUUCAAAAUUGAAGCAUGACAAUUUUGUUGAGUUGCAAGGUUAUUGUGUUGAAGGAAACCACCGUGUGCUUGCAUAUGAGUUCGCGACAAUGGGAUCACUACAGGACGUAUUGCAUGGAAGGAAGGGGGUUCAAGGGGCACAACAAGGUCCUGUGCUUGAUUGGAUGCAUCGGGUAAGAAUUGCAGUUGAUGCAGCCACGGGCUUGGAAUACUUGCAUGAGAAGGUUCAGCCCUCUAUUAUACACAGAGAUAUCAGAUCUAGCAAUAUCCUUAUGUUUGAUGAUUUCCAAGCAAAGAUUGCAGAUUUUAACCUCUCAAACCAGUCUCCCGACAUGGCUGCUCGUCUACAUUCCACUCGAGUUUUGGGGACCUUUGGCUAUCAUGCUCCAGAGUAUGCAAUGACUGGACAGUUAACGCAGAAGAGUGAUGUGUAUAGUUUCGGGGUUGUCCUUCUAGAGCUUUUAACCGGAAGGAAACCUGUCGACCACAAAAUGCCGCGUGGACAGCAAAGCCUCGUUACCUGGGCUACUCCAAGACUGAGUGAAGAUAAAGUUAAACAAUGUGUAGAUCCAAAACUGAAGGGAGAGUAUCCUCCUAAAGGAAUUGCUAAGUUAGCAGCUGUGGCAGCAUUGUGCGUGCAAUACGAAGCUGAGUUCCGUCCAAACAUGAGCAUUGUCGUCAAGGCUCUCCAACCACUGUUGAAGGCCCCCACUCCAGCUCCAGAGCCCGAGUCUUAAAAUCAGAUGAGCCUCGCUCCCUCAUCUUUCAUCGAAAUUUUCCUAGCCCAGGCACAGUUUGGCUUCAUCAAUCGGAAGCUUUCAUUGGAUCACUAAAAUAGUAAUUGUAUUUCUUUCUUUCCAUACUUUUCAAAUAUAACAUGAACGUGUAGGAUGAGUUCAACCGUUUACCAUCGCCAACAUGAUCUGCCCGUCACCAGAUUUCAGACCUCGAGUGCCGAACUUUUCCGAACUUUUAUCGAGUUUUAAUCAUCGAAAGAAUUGACCAAUGGAUUUGGGUUUGUGUAGUGAAUAUAAAUGUUAAAUGAGUUAUAUGUUUGCUUGGGAUUUUUUUCUUAUAUUUUGUGCUAAAAUGAUGGGUUUCUUAUUUCUCUAAGG